ACGAUUGUAGGCAGUGGCUUUUAAAAUUGUUUAAGCAGAAUAAAGAAUACAAUCGCAAGGCAACAUUUUACAAUAUAUAUUUUUUUUUUAGAAACGAGAAAGGGCUGGUUUAACUGCGGGGGUUCGAGUUUAUUCGUUUAAGCAACUUGGCGUAGGAAGACCAUAGAAACGGCUUUGUUGUCAAGGAGUGCGUCGUCCCACUUUGCACCGAAGUACUGAGGCGCAUUGAUACUGAAAUUUCGGCGCACAGUCAGCAGCAGACAGAAAAGGUGCUUGAUAAUCGUACGAGAGGAAAUCAAGCCGUUUUUGUUAUUUGCGUAAAAGUAGCCAAUUUCGCUAUCAAAUAUAAUGGCCGAUCAACUAACAGAAGAGCAGAUUGCGGAAUUCAAGGAAGCCUUCUCACUGUUCGAUAAAGACGGUGAUGGCACAAUCACGACCAAAGAGUUGGGAACAGUCAUGCGGUCUUUGGGCCAGAAUCCUACAGAGGCAGAAUUACAGGACAUGAUUAAUGAAGUUGAUGCGGACGGCAAUGGAACAAUUGAUUUCCCAGAGUUCCUUACUAUGAUGGCCAGGAAAAUGAAGGACACGGAUAGCGAAGAGGAGAUCAGGGAAGCGUUCAGAGUUUUUGACAAGGAUGGCAAUGGUUAUAUCAGCGCAGCAGAGUUGCGUCAUGUCAUGACAAAUCUGGGAGAGAAGCUCACAGAUGAGGAAGUGGAUGAGAUGAUUCGUGAGGCUGAUAUUGAUGGUGAUGGCCAGGUCAAUUAUGAAGAGUUUGUCCAGAUGAUGACGGCAAAGUAAAACUGGAAACCAAAAGGAGCACAACAGACCAAACAGUGGGCAGCAUCCUCACUGUCAACUUUCAACAAGCAUUCACAACCAAUCUUAUACCCCCUCAUUAAGUGUGGCUCUCCUUUCCUCUGCUUGUUUUUAUUUUAAACAUAAUUGACAUAAUCUUUCCCUACAUUUUUUUUUAUUUGAAAGAAAUAUUUACAUGCACAACAUAGUUUAAUCUUGCAUAUAUGAUGGUGACAAUAACAGCAGUGUAACACAAGUAUCAAUAUUUUAAAAAUUAUGUGACAUACUUAUAUGGACAAGAGCAAUGCAUGCUUUAUUUAUGUUUGGCAUGUUUCCGUGUUAUUUUUUUGUCCCAGCUUGCCUCUUUUUUUCUUACUUGCUCGUUCUCCUUUAACUGCAUGUUUCUCAUGCAACCUCUGCUCAGUGGUCUUAGAACUGUAUGGUGAAUAACCAUUCAUGGAUAAUCAGGGGCUUUAUAUAACAAAAUGGCUCAAACUUCCAUGUCGUAGUGUGAUUGUGUUGUAAAUGUAGAUCUGUAUGUCUGAGCGAGUGCUUGUAGGGGGAUUUUAGUGGAGCCAAGCAGUACAGUUUACGUUUUGGUAUAGGGCUUGUUCUUUAAGGACCGCAUUACUAAUAUGUAAGAAUAGACAAACCUGAAUAGAAUAAUAUUGAAAUGGUUAAUUGGGGACCAAUUAUUUGUCAUUGUUUUGCCACGUUUUUCACAAUUCUAUAGAAAACAUGGGCGAAAGCCUUCGGUCUUCCCUCCAGCUUGGCAUUCGCAAAUUUUCAACCCCAAAGCAAAUGUCACCCAUUUCUUCAAAACUUGUGUGAAGAGGUCUAGAGGUUUGAGCUCUCUUCAGUGUGGAGUUUUACUAAAGAUGUAUAUUAGUUGUAUGGUCUUACAUUUUGAUGCUGCACUUGGCGUCCCACCACAUCAGUGGAUCAUUUCUGUAUAAGAUAAUCAAAUUUAAACUGUGUGCUGAUUCUUCCUGCAGGCAGUUUGAUUUAUAUAUUUGUAUACAUCAAAGCACCUGUUUUUAUUUUACACUCAUUUCUCAUAGAAACAACGACACAUUCUUUGUGGUCCAUGUACUGGCAAUCGUGGUUGGUUAGUUGUAAUGCCUGUCAUCCAGUUAGAAUUUAUCUGAUGGUGAAGUAACGGCUGCCGUAAAACCUACAAAUACAGGCGCUUUGAAUGACAUUCAAGUUUUUUUUUAGUACAUGUAAAAGAUCAUUGUUAAACAAACAGCGCUUAAUGUAGAGUCCAGAAAUGAUGGUAGUAUUGCAUCUUCUGCCCGAGGUUUAAUUUAUUCUACUGUUGUGGGUUUUUUACUUUGUAUUUUGUUUUUCCUGAGAUCUGAGUUUACUGUUUGGUUCUUUUUGUUUCUCUCUUCCUCUGCUCAUAAGAUAAUAUAGGAAAAAAAUGAAAGGUUAUGCAUUCCAUUGCAGAACUUUUGGUUAUCUUGCUAAAUAAACAUCUUGGACCUCUGUUUCUAAA